GGAGUGUUUUGGCCAAAAUGACCUAAAAGUCAAGAGAACCGUAAAUAAUACGUUUCAAUUAUUUAUUACGAAUUAGUGCUCGCACGGCCAUGGUCGAGCUGAACUCAGCGCACCAGCUGGACGAACUGCCGCACAAGUGGGUGGACGUGGUCGUCGAUUAUCUGCGAGGCUUCCGGAAUGACACGACCGACUUCAACCGGCCGCAGCUGCGGCCAUCCGUGAGGCACAUGUACCCGGCGUUCGUGUGCGGCUACAGCGCGCUCAUCAUGGCCGGCGCGCUGUGCAACGCGUACGUGCUGGUCAUCGUGGCCCGGAAGCGGCUGUACGCGGCCGACCCCGUCUACGUGUACGUGGCCAAUCUGGCGCUGACCGGCGUCGUCGAGUGCGUGUCCGUGCUGCCCAUAUCGCUGAUGGUGCUGCUCGUCCAGAACUGGAUAUUCGGCCGGUUCCUGUGCUUCUUCCUGCCCAUGCUCCAGGAUGUUCCAACUCACGUGACAAUGCUGACCUUUCUUUUAAUGGCUAUUGACCGCUAUAAACAUCUCAAACAUCCAAACAAAAUAAGAUUGCCACCAUUAGCUUGCACGUUUGGCUGUUGGAUUGUGGCAUUUUGCAUAGUUUUGCCAUAUCCCGUUUAUACGGCAUAUUUGGACUUGGGCAUUUACAUAAAAGUACAGUUUGAAGGAGUUGGCAUUUGUGCGGUGAACAUGGCCGACGAUAUGCAAGAUUAUCUUCGAAGUUUAUUUGUUCUCACAUAUAUGAUUCCAUUGCUUUCCAUGGGAUACCUUUACUCAAAAAUGUCUGAAAUAUUGCGUGAAUUAAUGAAUGUUCCCGCCGUAUUUUAUUCACAAGACAUUACGCCAAGAAGCAGUGGAAUUCGAUCGAAUAUGAACGAAGUACAAACUCCAAACAGCGAUUCCGAUGAUGUGGAAAUUGAUGGUUACAAAGAAUCAAAAACACAGAAAUAUUUGAUAUCAAUGAUCGUUAUUUAUGCUGUAUGUUUGUGUCCACUGAUGAUUCUAAGAUUGGCAAAACUUGAAGUGUCCGAAACGUACGAAAAUAGCCGACACUUCGAUUUAACGUUCAUGAUAUGCGUCUGGCUAGCAUUUGUGCCGACGGUGACCACUCCGCUGCUAUUUGUUGCAUGGAAUUCGGACAGUAGCACCAAGGAAAGGAUCAGGAGAUAUUUCAAAAGGACAAAAGUUACGGCCGAACAAACGACCAGAACCAUGUCGAUGGAGGGACUGGCCGCCCGGAAUUCGAUAUACACGGUGCAGGAGAGUGUUCCUUAAAUGUUGAUUCAGUUGAUUCGCAUUAAUUUAUUAAGAAAACAGAAAAAACAAAACAAUACAAAUAAUAACAUAAUCGAAAUAAGUUUAAAACAAAA